AUGGAUUGGAUGGAUCCUAUUUCUGUGUUGUUCCUACUUGCCCUCACACUUGCAUUCCUUUGGAAAAGAAGCGAUUUCUGGAAGAGCACUGGCAAAAAUCUCCCACCAGGACCACGCCCGUUACCACUCAUUGGAAACCUCCACCUCCUGGAUCUGAAGAGGCCUCACGGAACCAUGUUAAAGUUAUCGAAGCAGUACGGCCCCGUCUUCAGCUUCCAAAUGGGAUUCCAGAAAAUGGUCGUUCUGACGGGCUACAAGACUGUGAAAGAGGCUUUGGUGAACCAGGCAGAUGCCUUUGCGGACAGGCCCAGGAUCCCAGUGUUUGAAGACUUUGAUGAAGGCCAUGGUAUUGUGUUUUCUAAUGGCGAGAACUGGAAAGCUAUGAGGCGGUUUGCGAUAAGCACGUUGAGGGACUACGGAAUGGGCAAGAAGACCAUAGAAGACAGAAUUGUCGAGGAGUGCAGUUUCCUAAUACAGAAGUUUGAAUCUUUUGAAGGAAAACCAUUUGAGACGACUACAAUCAUGAAUGCGGCUGCUGCCAAUAUUAUAGUGUUCAUAUUACUCGGCAAGCGAUAUGAAUACGAAGAUCCCACGUUUAUAAGAUUACUGAACUUGGUCAAUGAAGAGAUCCGGGUCUUGGGAAGUCCAUCCGUCAUGCUGUACAACAUGUUUCCUGCUCUGGGCUUUCUUUCUGGUGGCCGCAAGACUGUCCUUAAGAACUCAAAGGAAAUGCGUGACUUCAUACAGGCCACCUUCCUAGAACACCUCAAAGAACUGGAUGUGAACGACCAGAGGAGCUUUAUCGAUGCUUUUCUAAUCCAACAGCAAGAGGAAAAGAACAAGAAUCAGAGCAAUGCAUUUUUCCAUAAUGAAAACUUAAUAGCUGUGGUGGGGGACUUAUUUGCCGCGGGCAUGGACUCCAUUUCGACUACCUUGCGUUGGGGCUUGUUGCUGAUGAUGAAGUACCCUGAAAUUCAGA